GCGGACGACGACGCGGCGGGCGGCGCGGUCGCGGCGCGGAAGAAGCCGUCGCCGAAGAAGGCGCGCGCCGAGGAGGCGCAGGACAUGGAGGAGGAGAUCGAGCAGGUCGAGUUCCAGACCUACGUGCCCCACAAGCUGCUCAAAUCCAUGCCCGACGCGAAAGAACACCCCGACAAGGUCGUCGAGAACGCGACGCUCGCCGCCGUCGAGUCGCCGGACAUCGACGUCGAGAACGCCGAGAUCAAGAUCAGCAAGAAGGUCGUCGAGCAGGGCCUCCUCAGCGGCCUCCAGCUCGAGACCGUCGUCUACGCGGCCAUGCGCCACGAGAAGACGCUGGCCAACGGGUCGCGCGCGGGCUUCGCGCUCUGGGACGGCGCGGGCAUGGGCAAGGGCCGCCAGCUCGCGGGCAUCAUCCACAACAACUGGCGCUGCGGCCGCAAGAAGCACGUCUGGGUGUCCAUCUCCGCGGACCUCGUCGAGGACGCGCGCCGCGACCUCAAGGACGUGAACGAGCCGAAGAUCGAGGUCCGCGCGUUGAACGACUGGAAGGCCUCGAAGAAGCCGACGCUCAAGGAGGGCGUGCUCUUCGUCACCUACUCGCUGCUCAUCAGCAAGGACAGCGACGGCAAGCGGCGCUUGGAUCAGCUCGCCAAGUGGUGCGGCAAGGACUUCGACGGCUGCCUCUUCUUCGACGAGGCGCACCGCGCGAAGAACCUCUACCCGACGGCGGGCGUCAACGGCCAGCUCCCGAAGCGGCCGACGAAGACGGGCCAGGCCGUCAAGGACAUCCAGGCGCGCCUGCCCCGGGCGCGCGUCGUCUACGCGUCCGCGACGGCGGCGACGGAGCCGAACCACGUCGGCUACUGCUGCCGCCUCGGCCUCUGGAGGCGCGAGGCCGGCGACGACGACGACGAGCUCGACGACGCGCCGACGGGGCAGACGGCGCCCUUCGAGAGCUUCCUCGACUUCCUCGCGGCCGUCCGCGGCGCGAACGCGACGGCGAUGAUGGAGGCGACGGCCAUGGCGCUGAAGAAGGAGGGCGCGCUCCUCUCCCGGAGCCUGUCCUUCGCGGACUGCUCCUUCGAGCUCAUCGACGGCGUCAUGGAGGCGUCGAGCGAGCAGAUCUUCGACAACGCCGCCGAGCUCUGGUCCGAGCUCCACCGCGCGAUCACGUUCCUCUCGGAGACGGAGCAGCUCCGCAGCGACUUCAAGGGCGUCGACAGCGACAGCGACGACGACAUGGAGGGCCCGACGAAGGAGGCCAAGCUGUGGUCGGCGUUCUGGGGCGCGCACCAGCGCUUCUUCAAGGAGUUGUGCGUCGCGACGAAGGUGCCCGCCGUCGUCCAGCAGACGAAGCUCGCGCUCGCGGCGGGCAAGUGCGUCGUCAUCGGCCUCCUGGGCACGGGCGAGGCGCGCGCGACGGCGGCGCGCGCCGAGUUCGGCGACGAGUUCGACGACUUCGUGUCCGCGCCGCUCGCGACGCUCCUCGGCUUCAUCAAGCGCGCGUUCUCCCUGCCGGCGAAGAUGGAGGGCACGCUCGAGCGCCGCGCGCCCCUCGGCAAGUCCGCCGCGAAGCGCGCGGACCGCGCCGCGGACAACGUCGAGCUGGGCAAGACGCGCGUGCGCCUCGUCUGCGGCGGCAGGACGCGCGUCGGCGUCCUGACCGAGUGGGACGCGCCCUUCUACACCGUCGAGUUCCUUAAGGGCAGCCCGCGCUUCGACAAGAUCACGAAGUCGCGCGCCGCGGGGUCCAUCGAGUACGACGACGACUACUCCGGCGACGACGGCUCGGGCGACGAGAAGCCCAAGAAGCGCGCGCCGCCCGAGGGCGAGCCCGCCGCGGCGAAGAAGACGCGCCUCGCCGACGGCUCCGCCAAGGCGCCGCGCGCCAAGCCGGCGCCGCGGAAGGCGAAGGGCCUCCUCGACGACAGCUCGUCCGACGACGACGCGCCGGCGCCGCGGAAGCGGCCCCCGGCGCGCGAGAAGCGGGGCCUCCUCGACGACAGCGACGACGACGACGUCGAGGCGCCGCCGACGCGCGCGACGCGCGCCAAGCCCGUCGUCUCCUACGCGGAGCCGUCGCUCAAGAAGAAGCUCCGGCGGCCCAAGGCCGAGGACGCGUCGUCGGCGUCCGACCGGGCCUCGGCGACGUCGUCCGGCCGCGCGUCGCCGGCGUCGUCGGAGGCGUCCCCGGCGCCGGAGGCCGUCGUCGUCGACGACGACGACGACGCCAUGAGCGACGGCACGGAGGGCUACGUCACGUCGGCGGACUUCGUCAAGCCCGAGCCGCGCGCGGCGCCCGCGAAGCCGACGCGCGCGGCGCCCGCGGCGGCCGCCGCGGCGCCGGCCGCCGCGGAGCGCGGGUCCGCCGCGCUGCCCCUCGACAUCUCGAGCGACGACGACGACGACGCCGCGCCCGCGCCCUUCCGCGGGCCCUGCUCCGCGGAGAAGCCCCUGGACCUCACGGGCGACGACGACGUCGCGCCGCACGGCGGCGGCUGGACCUGCCGCGAGGCCGCCUGCGGCGCGCAGAACGACGCGCUCCGCAACUUCUGCAGCCGGUGCAGCGCCUACAAGCCCAGCGACCCGACCGAGGUCGUCGAGGUCUACGAGCCCGCGGCGUGGCAGCGGCGGUCCUACCAGCGCAAGCCCCAGAAGUCCGACCUCCAGGCCAAGGCCGCCAAGGCCAAGGAGGGCAAGCCGGCCCUCGCCAAGGCGCCGGCCAAGGUCGGCGCGCUCGACAACGUCGACUUCGAGCUCAACCUGGAGCUGCGCAGGACCUUCGAGGACGCCGCGCACGCGCUCCGGCUGCCGAACUCCGUCCUGGAUCGCCUCAUCCACGAGCUCGGCGGCUCGGACAAGGUCGCGGAGAUGACGGGCCGCCAGGGCGGCCUCGUGCGCGACGGCGACAAGGUGCGCCACGAGGUCCGCCGCGUGAGCGAGGGCGCGCGGAACAAGGCGAACCUCUACGAGCGCGAGCAGUUCAACAGCGGCAAGAAGCUCGUCGCCAUCAUCUCCGAGGCCGCGUCCGCGGGCAUCUCGCUCCACGCGGACAAGCGCGUCCCGGCGCGCUUCCGCAACACGCGGCGCCGCGUCCACGUGACGAUGGAGCUGCCCUGGUCCGCGGACAAGGCCAUCCAGCAGCUGGGCCGGUCGCACCGGUCGAACCAGGCGUCCGCGCCCGAGUACAAGUUCCUCAUCUCCAGCGUCGGCGGCGAGCGGCGCUUCGCGUCCGCCGUCGCCAAGCGGCUGAUGACGCUGGGCGCCGUGACGCAGGGCGACCGCCGCGCGACCGUCGGCGCCGCGGGCCUCGGCAUGACGCAGUUCAACUACGACUCGCCGGAGGGCUCGCGCGCGCUCCUCGACAUGUUCCGCGUCCUCGCGGGCGUGCAGACGCCGCCCUUCGCCUUGCCCGCCGUGCCCCAGCGCGAGGCGGCGCGCGAGAAGGACCGCAUCAUGGACCUCAUCGACGGCGGCGUGAAGGAGCAGAAGGACGGCGGCAUCCACGUGUCGCUGUCGUUCCUCGAGGACGACGACGGCGGCGAGCAAGACGGCGCCGAGGAGGCGGAGGAGGAGGAGGACGACGACGUCGUCAUGACGGCCGCGCCGGCGCAGCUCGCGCACAAGCGCCACGACUGCGCGCUUCACCCCUUCGGGAAGCUCGGCGCCUACCGCCGCGCGUGCGCGCGGUGCUACUGCGCCGUCUGCGACGUGCCCGUCGCCGAGUGCCGCAAGUGGAGCGACCACUGCCGCGCGACGGACAAGGGCCCCGACGCGGACCUCUGGAAGAAGAAGCGCGACGCGCUCCGCGACAUCGACCUGCCCGUCGCCGCGCGCUUCUGGUUCGACCGCCUCGGCAUGGACGUCGACGGCUGGGCGAAGCUCGACAAGCCGGGCGCGCGCACGUCCCACGUCGCGCGCUUCCUGAACCGGCUGCUGGGCAUGCCGCUGGGCCAGCAGAACCUGCUCUUCGAGCUCUUCGCGCGCCUCACCGAGGACGUCAUCGAGAAGCGGCGCGAGGAGGGCGCGCUCGACGAGGGCAUCCGGACGCUCAAGGGCGCGUCCGUCAAGGUCGCGGCGCGCGCGGACGUCGGCGGCGGCGUCGAGCGCGUCGAGGUCCACGUCGACCGCGGCUGCGACUUCGAGGCCGCGCGCGCGGAGCUCGACGAGGCCGCGUCCUUCGCGGACGCGCUCAAGCGCCGCGAGGCGGCCCAGCGGAAGGACUGGGGCGUCGUCAACGACCUCAAGUCGGCGAUCUCGCGCGACGCGUUCCGGAACUCGUUCUACCUCGCGCGCGACAAGCAGGCGAAGCUCAAGCGCGAGCCUGCGUUCAAGCAGGUGCUCCUCGCCGUGCGCGUGGCGUCCUACUCGCCGGGCGACACGGAGCGCCUCCGCGUCGUCCGGCCCGCGACGGGCGCGCGCCAGAUGACCUACAAGGAGCUCAAGCGCAACUACGCGCCCAUCUCGACCGCCGACGCGGAGAAGCACUGGCGCGCGGAGCACCGCGACGGCGACAGGGGCUGCAUCCACAAGAACUGCGCCAUCGUCGGCUGCGACUUCGGCAAGCGCACGCAGAGCGUCCACGCCAUCACCGGCGACUCGCUGCUGGACGUCAUGUGCCGCGCCGUCGAGGCGAAGAAGCGCGCGGGCGUCGAAGGCCGCCUCGACGUCGUCCGCGUCUGCGAGUCCGGCGCGCCGGCCGAGGCCGCGUCGACCGUCGCCAUCAAGCUGCCCCGCGGCUCCCACGAGGUGAUCAUCGACCAACUCCAAGCCGAGGCGGACGACGCGCCCGAGGACGACGACGACGAGGACGCCGUCUUCGGCUGAGGCGCCGCCUUCGAAUCGGGCUUCGGCGCCGAACCCCCGCUCCCUGUGACACCUGUGAAUCCCCUCCCCGUAGAGCGCGCGCGCGAUAAUACAUAAGGCCCU